CCGCUGCUCCUACCUGCUGCCUGCGACGAGCAGCUGCGGUCGGAGCGCACUCGCUGCGGGAAUGGCUUCAGGAGCGUCUGCCUUCGCCAGCUGCCGCCUCCCCAUGGAUUACGAGACGAAGAUUUUCCCUCAAACCGGUGGCUACGGACGGUACAACCGGAUCACAGUCGUGUUCAGCUGGUUCCCCACCUUUGCGGUGGCACUGAACCUGUUCAGCGACGUUUAUUUCACCCAGGUUCCGAACUUGUACUACUGCAAGACGGACCCGAAGCAGCUGCCUUCCUUUUUCGGUAACUACUCGGGGGAGACCUACCUGAACCUCACCAUUCCCCGGGUGAACGACCAGGGCUUCAGCCACUGUGAACGCUACAAGUAUCCCGCAAAUAUCACGGACUUAUCCGGAAAAGUGCCGAGGGAAAAGGAAAACUGCAGCAUAGGUUGGGAGUACCCAACUGUGGUGGGACUCCGGAGCAACAUUCUCACGGAGUGGAAUCUGGUUUGUGAGGACGAAUGGAAGAUCCCGCGGCAGCAUGUCUGCUUCAUGGUGGGAUGGAUUGUGGGAUACAUCUUCCUGGGUUCGUUGUGUGACUGGUUGGGUCGUCGUCGGGGUUUCCUCUUCUCCAUCACCCUGUCCAGCUUGUUUGGGGUGGCCGUGUGUCUGUCCAGCAGCGCUCUGAUGUUUCUGAUGCUGCGCCUCUGUCAAGGUGUCAUGCUCGCUGGCGUGUUUGUGUCCUCCUACAUCCUCAGGUUGGAGCUUUCUGACCCUCCCCAUCGCCUCAUGGUUGCCAUGAUCGGCGGCUUCUUUGCCGUCUCUGCGGAGCUGCUGUUGCCGGGUCUCGCCAUUCUGUGUCGCGAUUGGCCCGUUCUGCAGGCCGUGGCCACUUUGCCUCUGCUUCUGCUUCUCUCCUAUUGGUGCUGUGCGUCAGUGUUUCCUGAGUCUCCUCGCUGGCUGCUGGCCACAGAUCACAUUCCUAAGGCCAAGAGGAGCCUGCAAGAGUUUACUAGCAGGAACGGCGUUUGUCUCCAAGAUGAGAUGUAUCCUGGUGAAACCCUGAUGUCAGAAAUAGACUCUGCAUAUGGAGAAGACCACCAGCCGAGGUACUAUUCAGUCCUGCAGCUUCGACGGACUCGUGUUAUCUGGAAGAACUGUCUCAUUCUCAGCUUCACUCUGUUUAUUGGAACAGGAAUCCAGUACUGUUUCACCAGAAACCUGGACGUUUACAACUUCUACUUAAAGUACUUCCUGCGGGUGGUAACGGGUGCCCUGGCUUGUGUCUUUAUCUGUUUGUGUGUCAAUCACUUCGGUCGGCGAGGAAUUCUCCUGCUGUCUGCGAUCGUCACCGGACUGUCCUCGCUGCUGCUGCUGGCCCUCACAGACUAUCUUGAAGGCGGGCUGGUGCUGGUCCUCUCUGUGGUGGGUUUGCUGUUCUCUCAGGCUCUUGCCAUGCUCAGUGCCUUCUUCGCCUGUGAAGUCAUGCCCACCGUGGUCCGAGGUGGCUGUUUCGGUCUGGUGUUGGCAGCGGGAUGUGUUGGCAUGGCCGCCUCCUCUAUGAUGGAGCUCCAGGAUAAGCGUGGCUUCUUCCUGCACCACGUCAUCUUCGCCUCCUUCGCUAUCCUCUCUGUGCUCUGCAUCAUGCUCUUGCCUGAAAGCAAACGCAAGUCGCUCCCGGACUCCCUGAAGGAGGGCGAGAGCCAGCGACGGCCGCCUCUCUUCCUGUCCCAACAGAAAAGAGACUGUCUGCCUUUGUUAUGCACGCGGCCUUCGGUGUCCGAGUACAAUCCAGAUAAUUAUUCCCGCUUGGUUUCUGCCACUAGGAAGAUGUUGACCAAAGAUAAUUUGCCAUACAGGAUCGCUGGGCCAUCUGUUUCGCCUCUGCUGUCGGACAGCAACACGCAGGAAGGAGAAAAUGGGACACGGGAAGACGUUGUAUUGUAAACCUGUCAGCCUCCUUCCACAGACGGAUUUUACUUCCUUCUCCCAAAGAUACCUCAGAUGGAAAACAUGUCACCUAAAGAGCUGACAUCGGAGCACCUUAUAUCUGUCUGUUGUUACAGAAGAUUUAGUCACUUCUUCUCUUUGAUUCAGGUCAUGAGCCUUUAGUUGUAGCAUUUUGUAAUCCAACCUUUCGUAAAUGUAUUAAAGGUUUACACUGGACUGUACUAAGCAACAGUUCUGUCUGUGGUGAUGUAGUACACUACUUUCAAAUAAUUUUUUUAAUGGGGUUGUGUGAAGUUGUUGGUUGUAGUGAAUAGCCAUGUCAGUAUAGCGAAUCCAAGCUGGACUUAUUCUAGAGAAAAUUUACACUGUGACAUUCAAAUAUUUCAGUAAUUUUACUCUUAGUCACAUUUGCACAUAACAGUUGUUUCCAUUUCCCCCCCUGAUCAGCUGUAGCUGCUGUUAUGGCCAAAAUAUUCUUUGUGAAACGUCUGCCUCUGUAUAUUCUGAUUUAUGUGAAUUUCUUCAUAUGUCACACAUUUUACUGUGUAACGUAUUUUCUUUUGGUGUAGGGUAGAAGAGUUUGCAGUUUUCAACAGUUCCACUGUUAUAUUGUUUCAUUAAGAAAAUGAAAAUAUAUUAAAAUAUACAUUAAUAAAGUGAUUAGGUGUAAAUUUACUUAGCAUUUGCUCCAGCUUAUAAAGGGAGAUAAAUAAACAAUGUAACAUGGUGGCAUUAACUAGACAAUCUCUAAUAUUAGUUUGACUCCCCUUUGCUGCAGGUAAGAUAAUGUCUAUUUUAAGCUAUUCCACAGAAACCCAUUUAAAAAACGAAUCCUUGUCUCAUCUGUAGUUAGUAAUUUGUGCUGCAGACAUUCAUCUGUUUUCCUGAAAAACGUUAGUAUGAGAGCUGCUUAAGGUUUACAGAUAAGCUUUGAUGCAGGAAGUUAGAAAAGUAGCUGUUUUAAACUGACAAGCAACUAGUUU